UCUGUUCAGAAAUCCAGAUAACAAGAAGUAUUUGGCCACACAGUUUUGGCCAGGACAUCAGAGGCAUCAGAACAGGUGAAUAAAAAAGAUGCUAAUGUUUGACCCAGUCCCUAUCAAGCAAGAAGCCAUGGAGCCUGUUUCAGUGUCAUACCCGUCCAACUACAUGGACCAAAUGAAGCCAAACAAAUACAGCGUCAUUUAUUCUACACCAAGUAUGUUGCACAACAAGUUCUACUCAAACCCCGAAGGACUAUCAAAUGGAAUCCAAAUGGAGCCAGUAGACCUUACAGUGAACAAACGGAGCUCACCACCUUCAACUGGAAGUUCUCCUUCCCCCCUAAAAUUUCAGACUGUGCAUAGGAGAACUUCACCUGGAUUGACUCUGUCCUCACCCAGCUCACCUCUCAGUAAAUUCACACCAUCACCCCCAGGAGUACAGCCUAUUUCCAUGCCAAUAACAAUCCCACCUGUAAUGGCCGCUGCUCUUUCACGCCACGGACUGAGAAGCCCUGGAAUACUUCCGGUUAUACAGCCUGUUGUGGUCCAGCCGGUUCCUUUUAUGUAUGCUCCCCAUCUUCAGCAGCCCAUCAUGGUGUCCACAGUUCUUGCAGAUGAGAUGGAAACUCCAAGUAGCAUGCAAGUGCCUGUCAUUGAGUCUUAUGAGAAGCCCCCACUGAAGAAAGCAAUCAAAGUAGAGCCAGGGAGUGAACCAUCAAAGACUGACUUCUAUCCUGAGCAAAUAUCACCUCCAAUGAUGACCUCAUUGUCUCCCCAGCAAGUAAUGUUGCAAGAGAAUCACCCUUCAGUUAUAGUUCAGCCAGGAAAGAGACCUUUACCUGUGGAAUCUCCAGACACACAAAGAAAACGCAGAAUACAUCGAUGUGAUUAUGAAGGCUGCAACAAAGUCUACACUAAAAGCUCCCAUCUGAAAGCUCACAGAAGAACCCAUACAGGUGAAAAACCAUACAAAUGCACUUGGGAGGGAUGCACGUGGAAGUUUGCUCGUUCUGAUGAACUAACACGGCAUUUCCGCAAGCAUACAGGAAUCAAACCUUUUCAGUGCCCAGACUGUGACCGUAGCUUUUCACGUUCGGACCAUCUUGCCCUUCACAGAAAACGCCACAUGCUAGUCUGAAUGUCUUCUGUCCCUGACUCCUGUCACACUUUUUUUUUUCUUUUUUUUUUUACACAUGCAUUUUAAUUUGGAUUCAGCUGGUCUGAAUCUCUUGAGUUUAUACCAUUAAAAGCUUACAUAUGGUCAGUAACAGAUGUUAUCUAACCCUUCUGUGUCCUUGCCACGGGUCAGACCUAAAGAAUGUGAACACUUUUUUUUUUUUCUUUCUCCUGGGGAUGCUAAGCAAACCCUUUCUGCAGACAGUAUGUUUAAUGUAUCCAUUGUGAAUAAGGGAAUUUGUAAACUAACACCUUUUGUUGGUUUCUUCAUAUAAUCAACCCAGCAUAUACUGAUAAAGUAGUAAAUGUUAUUGAAUACCCAAAA